AGCUGGCUCAAAGUCUAGAAGCCGAGAAGACGCCGCCAUGGGCGGAACUCAGGCCCGCGAGGAGGAACUUCAGGAUGAUGUUUUUCCCUGGUUUCAUUUGAUCCAGUGGAGUGCAGAAGAUGCAAGCAACAACCGCAUUUUUCACUAUGACUUGGCCGGUGCACAAGAGGCAGCACGUGCAUUGACCAGAGACACCGACAGCUUUCUCCGACUUUGUCCAAGCAGUUUGCCGCCCAAUUCAGGCUUCACCAUGGAUGACAGCACCAACUUCGCUGAGUGGGCGGGUGCUUUGCUCGAAUGGAACUCAGAGCUCCGGAGGGUCCGGUUUGAGCUGGUACCACGAAGGCGUUGGCCUUUUCCAUAUUUUGUUUCUCAACUUAGGGGACCCACCUCCACCAAAUGGAACCCCGGCAAAACGUGGAAAACAAGGAGGAGAGAGACAGAAGCACCCUGAGGUUGACCGAAAACGGCUUUUGGAGCCGAUAUUUCGCAGCCUUGCGCCGGGAAAUUCAGCAGCUGAUCUUUCACGAUGAGGACACCGAAGAGGGACAACACCCCCUGGCAAAUGGAGAUGGGUCUGAGUCUGGUGGUUGAGCCACUACAGGAGGCGCAGGCGGGAGUUGGCUGGAAGAUUGCUGUCUCGGUGUUGAGGCUAGAUUGAAGGUGGGCGUCUCCUUUUUGCCAUACUUACAGCGCCGGAUUGCUUGACAUGCAGCGCCGAGAAGGUUGCCCUGGGGAUACAGUACAUCUAUGUGGCCACAUUUCCCAGCUGCUCCAGCAAGAGAAGCCUUUAUUUGGCUUGAGCCGUCACAAUGUCAAACGCCAGCUGAAGGGCGACGGAAGCACUUGUCAGGCCUGGAGAUGGACCGUGAAGCUUCUGAUGCUGGCUUUUGUCUCACAGUUGUGAGUGCUUGGGUCAAAUCUUACUGUCAAGUGAUCAGUACUCAACACUCGGCCCGUAGCUGGAGG